AUAACAACAACAACUGCUCUGUUGUCCUAGUUACAGAAGUAAAAUGGCGAUGUUACCUUUGCGAGGCAACUAACAGCAAUUAUAAUAUUUAUCAGUUAAGCAAAUCUGAAAAUGGGUGCCAAUGCAAGUGCCAGCUUGGCAUGUGGAUCAGAUGCUGUUGUACCCGAAGAGAUCCCAACUUUCAAAAUAGUUCUUGUAGGUGAUGCAGAAGUUGGCAAAACAUCAAUCUUCUUACGGUACACAAAGAAUCAAUUUGAUUACAGCUACCAACCAACAAUGACUGUAAACAUUGCAAAUGUUGUGAAAAAAGUUAACAUUCCAUAUGAAACAAUUGUUUCCAUUUCAAUGUGGGAUUUGCCAGGCAGAGAAGAAAUGGACUUGAGGAAGAGUUACUACACGGAUGUUGAUGCUGCGAUUGUGGUUGUUGAUCUGAGUGACCCUGAGAGCAUUGAUAUGGCUGGCACUUGGCGCCAGGACAUCCUAAACAAUGUGUACUUGUCAGAUGAUAGCGAGUUAAGCAGUCAGAGCAGAAAUAAAACUGAAAUUCAAAAGUCACUGCCCAUUUUGCUUGUUGGAAACAAGUUGGACAAGAUAGAAACAGAAGGUGAAUCAGAAAAAGAUGAAUCAUCACCAACAAAAAUUUUAGAGGAAACUGCCGAACAGCAUAAUUUUGUUGGAUGCGUCAGCGUGGCCGCAAAAGAGAAUGACGGUGGGGUUCAUGCAGCGAUGCAGAGUCUGAUAAGGUAUUUGCUAGAGAAGAAAUACAGUUACAAGAUGCCAAAAAAGAAAUCUGGAGCAAUGAAUGUUUUCAGGACGUCUUCAGAUGCACUGAAUUACGCAAAGACUCUUGGAAGUGCAGAGGAUCACACUUUCGUCAAGCUUGAGAGAAUCAAUAUAAAAGAGUUUGAUAUCCCGUUUGAUUCUGUAAACGGCAGAAUCAAUUUUGUGGAAAAGGCAAGCCUGGGAUUUCUUGUCACAAUGAGAAACUUCAAGAAAGCUUGUUGCAUUGCUGGUCUUACCGAUUCGCAGAAGGCUAGCACCGAGCAAUGCAUCACAAGCCUGAGAGAUCAGGUCAAAAACGAGACUAGGGAAGACUGCCUUCAGGCCCAUGAAGAUGGAGGCUUUCUAAAGCUGGUGAUGAAUGGUACAAAUAUCAAUUUACCAGAGCCUGUUCAGAAAGUCGUUAACAUGUUCAACAACGAAGUAAACCCUGCUUGCAAAGAAGUCAUUCGCGUUGUCCACCAUGCAAAGUUGCUUUUGAAGAUGUGCUGACGAAAAUAGCAAGUAUAAAAGACAGCACUGUUGAGCUAGGCGCUGCACAAGGUUUGUCGGAGAAGUACUGUCGCCAGGCCCUAGAGAAGAUUUCAAACAACGAGCUGCGGAUAAAAGAAACGAUUAAACUGGGUGCAGAGACAAUGAAGAUCGUCAAUGGGGAAUAUCAGAAAGUCCGGACUGCUAUGAUGUGGUAAAUCAUUUCUCUGUCUUCGUAGUCCUUACCUUUAAACGCUGUUCGAGGGUACUAAGUGCACCCUGAAGCGAAAGGACACGACAUAUUAUGAGGGUCUCCCAGGGGUUUUCGGGAAUAAGGGAACAAAUGGUACAGGAACAUGGGAACAACUUAAAUUUUCCACUGGGAACAUGAGAAGAUUAUUACUAGUUUAAGAGAAAAAGGGAACAUUUUUUUUAUUUUUCAACGGGAAAACCGGAAGAUGUGUUGUUUGUUUCAAAGCACGGGAACAAGUACACCCUCUAGGAGACCCAUAUUAGGGCAUAGCAGCUAGGUAGAUUAAGUCAUAUUUUGACUCAUUGAAAGAAAAGUUGGAAAAAAUGAAUUUAGAAAACAGAUAAUACUUUUCGCUUACUUUUCUGGCAAACACCAGAAUCCUUUUUGUUAAAGGUGGUUGAUGGGAAGCGGCAUAAACUUUGGAGAUUUUUAGGUAUUGAUGUUUCCUAUAAUUGAUACCCUUAUAAGUAGCAAACAUUGCACCAAAGCGCUUAAAAUCAAGAAAAAUGGUUUUAAGGUGAAGAAGGGACUUUAGGCAGGAAUUUUGGCCUUUGUGGAAGGCCUGCUGUGCGAGUUCAUUAAUUAAAGAUACAAGAAUCUUCUAGAGCGGAGUUGUUUUGGUUGUGAAAUUAACGAAUAAUUCUUUAAUCAUGAAUCGAGUAGUGUUAGAGAAAACAAGGUUAUAAGUUGACAGUGCCUUCGGCAACCCGUCUUCCAACUGCUUUCCAAUGCACUGAGCCCCAUCUUAAUUUCGUGAACUGUAAAUACUGUUCUUUUCUCCGUGCUGUUUUAAAAAGUGACUUUGCCUGGAUUUGGGAAACAAUUAAAUCAUGUGGUGUUUGUGUGUACAUAUACUGGCUGAGCUGGUGGUGGUAUUAUCAUAUCUGCUACAAUUGAAAAGCUUGUUUGCUGUUUGCUUUCAAACAGCAAUAAAAUGAUGACUCGUGUGAUUAUGGUUGUUUCAAGGUUGUUUCCAGUGAUUCUCUUAUUUAGUGGCGUAGUGGAUCUGUUUGGAGGCCUUUAGCCUUUGGUGGCUUAGGUGCCUAACUUCACACAAAAAAUUUAUGGGAUAUUGUUGUUAAAACAAUUCUUAGAACCUAAGAGUUGAGGCAUUUAGCUUUUUGGGACUUUUAGUAGUCUGCCCGGAAUGUGACUAGCAGGUGUUACAUAUCAGCCUUGUAGUUUAACUUCAGCUCAUAUUUUCAUGAUGAAUUAAAAUAUAAUGAUUUAUCAUGCUUUGAGUGGUUGGAACUGCCUUUCUUCGUGACUUCUACACAAUGGAAUAUAGUAGACCUGUUUGAUGCCCUGUGGCAAUAUUUUUGAGCCGUUUGAACAAUGACCAUUUAUGUAAAAAGCAUGGUUGCACAUAAGUAUGUUGGAUAAAUUUUAGACAAUGUAUUUUUGCACUCUUUUCUGUAUUGUUUAUCACGUUUCCAGUUUGAUCUUGAUACACUUUAUGCAAGGUAAUAGCAGAUUUUACAAACAAACAAGUACUUGACUGUUAAAUUAGUCCCUCAACCCUCCAAAUAAUUCCAUAAUGUGGCAAAGUUCAACAAAGUUCCAAUUUCUUCAGUUGGAACAAAGUUUUGCUACUUUAGUACAAUCUUGAAAUAAAAAAGGUAUCUGGUUAUAUCUUAAGGCAAAGAUAAGAGGAUAAGAGACAUUAACCUUCAACAAGUAUAGUAAAUUUCCUUGCUACCUCUCUAGCUAGAAUGUUUGGUCAGAUCAAGUAAGCUCAAUUCCGUUUAAAAGUCUUUUUGUCCUGAUUUUAGAAAGCUAGUUAUAUUUGCUUUGGUCAAGUUAGAAAUUUUAGCUGAAUUUUAACCUUGAAAUUUUGUUUAUUUUAUGGCAAAGUCAAUUUUCCCUGAGACCAUUAAUUUAUCUGCAGCUUAAGAAAACAUAUGAGAUACUUUGGAAGCUAGUGCCAAUGCCGUGAUGCACAUCAAUCUAAAUUAUCAAUUUUGUAUUUAUUUUAAAGAUUGUAUAGAUUUGCAGAUCUAUUGUAUAUAUUUUGAGCAAGUGUGUAUUUUGACUAUAGUACUGAGUGAUGAAGAGCAAUGUUUUAUUUGUUGGCAUUUAGUGACAUUGUAUACUAUUUUAACAAAAAUAAUUGAGCAAA